AAUAAAAACAAAUUUAAUUGACAUUUUCGUAUUAAGUUUCAAAUAAUUCAUACUAAAAUUGUUUAUUGCUUUCUCAAAUAAUUUUGAAUUAUUUUAAACUUGAUAGCAGCUUAAUAAAAGAGAAAUAAUGUGUUUGUGAAAAUUCACUAGUUUGAAUAAUUGCGCAUGCGCGUAAAGAUUACUUCCUGUAAAUUGCGCUUAUGGAGCGCUGAAUUGCCGAUAACUUAUUAUCGCUCAAAAUACAGAAUCAUGAGCGAUUUAAGGCCAAACCACACGAUUUAUGUGAAUAAUUUAAAUGAGAAAGUUAAAAAAGAUGAACUUAAAAGAUCUCUCUAUUACCUAUUUUCGACUUUCGGACAAGUCUUGAAUAUAGUUGCACUAAAAACUAUGAAAAUGAGAGGACAAGCAUUUGUUGUUUUUAAAGAUAUUAAUUGCGCAGCUGUAGCAAUGCGCUCAAUGCAAGGUUUUCAUUUCUACGGCAAAUCAUUAAAAAUAGCAUAUGCACGUAAAGACUCUGAGCUUAUAGCUCGAAUGAAAGGCACAUUUCAGCAGCAGCAGCAAGCUGCUGCUGCCAAAAAGAGAAAAGAAGAAGAUGCUGAAAAGAAAAGAAAGAAGGCUGCAAAAAUUGUUGGUGGUACACAAUCAACUCCUGCCGCAAGUACCUCAUCGGAUAUACCUACUAUUGAGGCUCCACAUCACAUUUUGUUCUUAACCAAUCUACCUGAUGAGAUAAAUGACAUGAUGUUAUCCAUGCUUUUCAAUCAAUUUCCCGGAUUUAAAGAAGUUAGAACCGUACCCGGCAGAACAGAUAUAGCAUUUGUUGAAUUUGAAUCAGAUCAACUUGCUGCCAACGCUAAAGACGCUUUACAAGGCUUCAAAAUAACGCCUACUCAUGCUAUGAAGAUUACAUUUGGAAAAAAAUAAUUGUAACCUUUUUAUUGUUAUAAAUAGAUUUGGGUUUUUUCGUACAAAAGAUAUCUCUGUUGCCGCCGCUGAAAAUUAUUACGCGGAACAGGUUCCAGACUGGAAGAUAGGCCUCGCCUAAUCUAACCUGGAAACUUGCCAAUUUAAUAACCUUGCGUAACUAUUGCGGUCGAUUAUUUGACGAGUAAACAUGGACUCGAUGACCUCGUCGUUUUACGUACACCUUUUUGCAGGUGUUUUUUUCUUUUAUUAUUAUUAUUAUUAUUAUGUAGAUGUAUAAUAGAUAUAUAUAAUACAAACAUAUAUAUAUAUAUAUAUAUACAUAUAUAUAUUACUAUAAAUAUAUAUAUAUAUAUGAUUAAUAAAGCACAUAGUGUUAUGUAACAGAAAAAAAAACAAACAAAGCACACUUGUUGUUUUUAAGAGAGGUGUAGCGGUGUACUGUUGAAGAUGAGGUCGAACAAAAUGUCUUGCAGCCCUGAGAUUGAGAACACCGACCAAAACAAAAAAAAAACAAAAAUACAAAAGAAAACCGUUACGUAAGCUGAAAAAUAAACAACAGCUAAAAAAAAUCAAUUCGCAGUCAAUAACGAUCGAUUAUCAACUGUUAUAGAGCAUGUGACGUAAUUUGGUCGUUUCAUUCUUUAACGCCGCAACUUCGACGCGUAACUUGAGGUUCUCUUGUUCAAGGAAAGCCGCUCGUAUAGCGAUUUCAUCUUCUUUCGCUCGUCGAGCGUCCCUUGAGCGUUUUGCGGCCUCAUUGUUUUUCCGGCGUCUUUCCCAAUAGGCCUGAUCUUUCAUAGUGUCCGGCAAUGAUUUGGCGGCGCGGCGGCGACUGGACGCUUUGUUGUGACUUGGCUGUUGGUCCUCUGAUGAUGGUGAUGUUGAAUCGUCACUUUUGGUCGCAGCGUCUCUAAAUUUAGCAUACAUAUCUUCUGUGGCUUGUGUUAGCAGACCCGGUAUUGCAUACAAGCCCAGGGAGAGGGGAUAACUUUUAAAAGGCCUAGAAGUAGCAGCAUUGGUACUAGCCAAAAUGCUAGAAGCCAAGAGGGUUGGAUCAAUGCCAUUCAAUAUUGGCGUCGCAGGUGACGCUGUUUCACUAUUGCUGUCCGAAGACGACAGAGGAGGUGUUUCGCAACGACGUUUCUUCAUACUGAAAUCAAGUGGGGCGUCAUCUGAAGACGUCAUAUCAUCAGAUGCUGCAGGUGAAGUCGCCAUGGCGAGAGGUAGCUAGCUGUAGAGCAACGAUAUCAAUUUGAUUUACAAAAUCUAUAAGCUCAGCACAUAUGUACAUAUACAUACAUAUAUUAUUAUAUAUGUAUGUACAUCAUAUUUGAAUAUAUAUACAGUAUAUAUAUAAAUAUAUAUAUAUAUAUAUACGUAUAUGAAUUAUACUGUAUAUAUAUAGUACGUCGAAUUAUUCAUCAGGGGCGGUCUUAGCAGGGGCUAGUCGAACAGUUUUUUAUUAUCUAGAUCUAGUUACGAUUGUGGGAGUCCGAAAUUCGGGCUAGAUAAUUCUCGUGGAGAACGAGAGGACAACAUUCAUUAGGCCUAUAGCUUAGUAAAUUGACUAUAGCAAACACACGCAUAUGCACAUAUAUAGACUAUGCACAUAAAGAUAGAGAAAGAGAGCGAGAGAUACACACGAAUAGCGGAUAGAGGGGGAGUUUCUGUAUUGUUUUUUCAGUUUUUUAUCUAUACUUUCUAUAAUUAGAAAAAGGUCUUAUCAAAUUCGGGAGUUUCUCCUUUUAUCUUAAUUCUAAAAGUCUGGGAGAGAAAGCUUUUAACUCUUAUCGUAUUUUAUCAACCGGCUACCAGUUUCUGUACAAACUUUAAAAAAAUGUAAAUAAACAAGAUCAAACCCAAUUCUACUAGAUCGGAGUAUAAUUUUGAGAUUUGAUAAUGAAGGCGUUACAUAACAAAACUACCUAGUUACGCAAUCGAUGAUGACUAUAAACAAUUAAUCGACUAAUCUAAUACUCAGUAGUUAAAAUAAUAGUUCUAAAUACACAAAAUCUAAAAAUCUACACGAGAAAAGUAAGAAAUUUACCUGAUUUCGAAUUUGAAGAGAAACGGCGUUUUUUUGUCGAAGAAAGAUUCUGUUAUUGGGCCAUGCCAUGGAUUGACCCGAUCAUGGCAUGCUGACGAGUAUAUUUACACUCCCCCCGCGUUUGUACUCCCUAGCGGCAAAUGCUCUACUGCUAAUAUCUACUCUAUUAAGUACUUAUGACUUACCAAUUCUAUCGCUAUUCGUUUUAAAAAUUGUGAGUAAAUUUUCCCGUAAGUUAUUUUUCCAUAACAUCAACAUAAAGUAGUGUUACGUGGCAAUUAAGGUCACACCGGAAGUCGGCCAUCUUUUCUACGGCUAUUUGCGUUAUUACGUAACGGUUUAAGGUUAUCGUCAGUUCAGGUCAAAGAAAACCGUCCCUUUUCAGGGUUGAACGAGCCCGAACUCUUUCCCUUUCAACUUUUAUCGACAUCCCACCGCGUCGGAAUACUUACCGUUUUGAAAUUCCAAUGAUUACGUAAUAAUUUCGAAUUCACUUUCGAGCGUCGUGACCUGAUUCUGAAAUGGCGGGAGGACACCUUUUAUAUGCAUAAAUAACUGCAUCGAUUAUCUAACUUUAUCUUAGCCAGACGGCUUGAAAAUUUGUUAUCCGUUACGUAAUUAACCUGAUUUUGUACGAGGCAACUUAAGCAGGUCAAUAAAAACAUGAAGAGAUCGGCUUACGGCAUAUUAUUUCGCUUUCACAAAUAAUCACACGCGUAUACGUGUGUGUUGUUUUACUCGAUACAUACUCAGGGAUUAUUCUUUAGAAUGCGGUUAAAUUAUUACGUUUAAGUGAAACAGCUGUUGGAAACUAAAGUGGGUCAACUAUUUUUAUAAAUAUAACAAAAAUCUCAGGGAUUUCAACUUUUUACCUCUACAAGCCUAUACACGAAAUAAUAGUCUGGUCGAGUAUUAGUACAACUUAAUUUUUCUAUUAGUAGCAUAUUUUUAUCAUUCGCUCGCUAGACGGCAAUACUACCUUAUUGUCUUUUGUUUGAGCUGCAUCGCCAUCUUUUGGCGACAAUACGUAAAUGUUAUGCAAUCGUUCGAUUUUUCUUUCUUUAUAUAAUCUGAUUACACAAUCUCCU